CGUUUAUGCUUUGGCUGGGCAUUUACUUUCAGGAACUGAGUGGAAUUGUAGAAACACGCUUGGCUGUAGAAAUUUUCGUCUUGUUUUGAAAUACGGUGGCUGGGGACUUGGCCAUGUGCUUUGCAUUGUUAAUGGAGGUUUACACGUGAGCUAUCACUUUCCUUGCGAAUAGGGCCAGGCCUGUUUGUGUCUUUAUGCUUUUUUCAGGCCAUAACCCAAAAUUGAUAUACUCAUCACUUGUCUCGUUGUGCGUCCGUUGUCACUAGCUGAUUUGAUCCACUUGUGUCUGUACGUUAUUCCCCAAAUUCUUUGAAGUGGCCUUCUCUGGCUCUGCUGUUCUCGUUGUAGGUUACCCAUUCUAAUCACUGAGGCCCAAGGUUAAGUCCCUCAAGGUUUCCCAGCUAGUAAAGAGUGAGGAAAAGCGACUUCUGGAGCCCAAGCUUCUUGCCUAAUCCUGAUGUACCUUUCAGGCUGGCUAGCACUGCUGUUUCAUAGAUUCUGUAUGUAAAGUAAGCAGGAAAUUUUUCUUAAACUGCCAGUUUUAUUCAAACAAAUAUGUGAUAUUUUCUGUAGAUUUAAAGAUAUGUUUCUUUCAGAUAUUUCAAUGCACAUAACACAUAAAAUGUCUAUUUUUGGUUGAAUUAAAAUAGCUUUUCCUUCUGAGACUAAUUUAGCAGGGGUUUUCCCCAUAAGUUUAUAAUGCUAAUCAUGUCAAUUGUUGUCUGAAAAGUAUCUAAAGAAAAUGGCUUCAUUUGGAAUCCAGAAUCUGCACCAUCUUAGCUGUGUAACCUCCAGCAAUUUAUAUAAUCUAACUGGGCUUCCAUCUUUUUCAGUAAAGUAGCAAUAAUAGUAGUAUCUACCUCAUCUUAUGCAGAUCAAGUGAGGUAAUUCUUGAAAAGUUUAGAAUGGCACCUGGCAUGAGACAGCGAUGGCAGCUCGAGUACUUGUCAUUGGCAGUGGCGGAAGGGAACAUGCGCUGGCCUGGAAGCUUGCACAGUCUCAUCAUGUCAAACAAGUGCUUAUUGCCCCAGGAAAUGCAGGCACUGCCUGCUCUGAAAAGAUUUCAAAUACUGACAUCUCGAUCACUGAUCAUACUGCCCUUGCUCAAUUCUGCAAAGAUGAGAAAAUUGAAUUUGUAGUUGUUGGACCAGAGGCACCUCUGGCUGCUGGAAUUGUUGGGGACCUGACCUCUGCAGGAGUGCGAUGUUUUGGCCCCACAGCAGAAGCAGCUCAGUUAGAAUCCAGCAAAAGAUUUGCCAAAGAGUUUAUGGACCGACACAGAAUCCCAACUGCACAAUGGAGAGCUUUCACCAAACCUGAAGAGGCCUGUAGCUUCAUUAUGAGUGCGGACUUCCCUGCUUUGGUUGUGAAGGCCAGUGGUCUUGCAGCUGGGAAAGGAGUGAUUGUUGCAAAGAGCAAAGAGGAAGCCUGCAAAGCUGUACAGGAGAUCAUGCAGGAUAAAGCUUUUGGAGCAGCUGGAGAAACAAUUGUUGUUGAAGAACUUCUUGAAGGAGAAGAGGUGUCUUGUCUGUGUUUCACUGAUGGGAGGACAGUGGCCCCCAUGCCUCCAGCACAGGACCAUAAACGAUUACUGGAGGGAGAUCAAGGCCCCAACACAGGGGGAAUGGGAGCCUAUUGUCCCACACCUCAGGUUUCUGAGGAUCUGUUACUAAAAAUUAAAAAUACUGUCCUUCAGAGGACAGUAGAUGGCAUGCAGCAAGAGGGUACUCCAUACACAGGGAUUCUUUAUGCUGGCAUAAUGCUGACCAAGGAUGGCCCAAAAGUUUUGGAAUUUAAUUGCCGUUUUGGUGAUCCAGAGUGCCAAGUAAUCCUCCCACUUCUUAAAAGUGAUCUUUAUGAAGUAAUUCAGUCCACCUUAGAUGGCCUGCUGUGCACAUCUUUACCCAUUUGGCUAGAAAACCACACUGCCAUAACUGUGGUCAUGGCAAGUAAAGGUUAUCCUGGAGCUUACACCAAGGGUGUGGAGGUAACAGGGUUUUCUGAGACUACAGCUUUAGGACUAGAAGUGUUCCAUGCAGGCACUACCUACAAAAAUGGCAGAGUGGUGACCAGCGGGGGAAGAGUCCUUACAGUAACAGCCAUUCAUGAAAACCUCAUAUCUGCCCUUGAAAAAGCCAAGAAGGGACUCACUGCUAUAAAGUUUGAGGGAGCAAUUUACAGGAAAGACAUCGGCUUUCGCGCCAUAGCUUUCCUUCAGCAGCCCAGGGGCUUCACUUACAAGGGAUCUGGGGUAGACAUUGCAGCUGGAAAUAUGCUGGUUAAGAAAAUAAAGCCUUUAGCAAAAGCCACCUCCAGACCAGGCUGUGAUGUAGAUCUUGGAGGUUUUGCUGGUCUUUUUGAUUUGAAAGCAGCUGGUUUCAAAGAUCCUCUUCUGGCCUCUGGAACUGAUGGUGUUGGAACUAAACUCAAGAUUGCCCAGCUGUGCAAUAAACACAAUACAAUUGGUCAAGAUUUGGUUGCAAUGUGUGUAAAUGAUAUUCUGGCACAAGGAGCAGAGCCCCUCUUCUUCCUUGAUUACUUCUCCUGUGGAAAGCUUGACCUUAAUAUGUCUGAAGCCGUCAUUGCCGGAAUUGCUACAGCUUGUGAACAGGCUGGAUGUGCUCUCCUUGGAGGUGAAACAGCAGAAAUGCCCGACAUGUAUCCUCCUGGAGAGUAUGAUCUAGCUGGUUUUGCUGUUGGUGCUAUGGAGCGGGAUCAGAAACUGCCUCACCUGGAAAGGAUCACUGAAGGGGAUGUUAUUGUUGGAAUAGCUUCAUCUGGUCUCCACAGCAAUGGAUUUAGCCUUGUGAGGAAAAUUGUGGCAAACUCUUCCCUGCAGUACUCCUCUCCAGCACCUGAUGGUUGUGGUGACCAGUCCUUAGGGGACUUACUUCUAACUCCAACCAAAAUCUACAGCCGUUCUUUGUUACCUGUCAUACGUUCAGGACAUGUUAAAGCCUUUGCUCAUAUUACUGGUGGAGGACUACUGGAAAACAUUCCCAGAGUUCUCCCUCAGAAAUUUGGGGUGGAUUUAGAUGCCCAGACAUGGAGGAUCCCCAGGGUCUUCUCAUGGUUACAGCAGGAAGGACAGCUCUCUGAAGAAGAGAUGGCCAGAACAUUCAACUGUGGUAUUGGAGCUGUCCUUGUGGUAUCAAAGGAUCAGACAGGGCAGAUUCUAAAUGAUAUUCAACAGUGCCAGGAAGAAGCCUGGGUGAUUGGCAGUGUGGUUGCAUGUCCUGAAGGUUCCCCUCGUGUGAAAGUCAAGAAUCUGCUCGAAACCAUGCAAAUGAGCAAGUCAGUGUCAGUGAACGGCUCCUUGAAAAAUCACUUCUCUGCCCAACCAAAAAAGGCAAGAGUGGCUGUCUUAAUAUCUGGAACAGGAUCGAACCUCCAAGCACUCAUAGACAGUACUCAGGAUCCAAAUAGCUACGCACACAUUGUUGUUGUUAUCUCCAAUAAAGCCGCAGUGGCUGGUUUAGAUAAGGCAGAAAAAGCUGGUAUCCCAACCAGAGUAAUUAAUCAUAAAUUAUAUAAAAAUCGGAUAGAAUUUGACAAUGCAAUUGACAAAGUCCUUGAAGAGUUCUCCACAGACAUAGUCUGUCUUGCAGGCUUCAUGAGAAUUCUCUCUGGCCCCUUUGUCAAAAAAUGGGAUGGAAAAAUGCUGAACAUCCACCCUUCCUUGCUCCCUUCUUUUAAGGGUUCAAAUGCUCAUGAGCAAGCCCUGGAAGCUGGAGUCACAAUUACUGGAUGCACUGUACACUUUGUAGCUGAAGAUGUAGAUGCUGGACAAAUUAUUUUACAAGAAGCUGUUCCUGUUAAAAGGGGUGACACUGUUGCAACUUUGUCUGAAAGAGUAAAAUUAGCAGAACAUAAAAUAUUUCCUGCAGCCCUCCAGCUGGUUGCCAGUGGAAUUGUACAGCUUGGAGAAAAUGGCAAGAUCUGUUGGGUCAAAGAGGAAUGAAGCCUCCUAAUUUAGGAAUGGAACCAGUUUUGAAAGAAUUAUGACUAUUUGCUUGGUGCCUUUUAUUCAUGUAUUUAACCUAAUAGAAAAACUGCUAACAGAAAAAGACUUCACCGUUAACCUCAUUCACCAUUUUUUAAUAGAGAAUCAUUAAAAACAAAAUUUGUGCAGGAUAUCCUAGACAUCUCCCAUGAUCUUUCCAGUUUUACCUGUUUAGAACAUUGUGUUUAUAAUCAAACUAGUUAUUAAGAAUUCUCUUAAUUUAAUGGGCAUGCUGGCAUGCACUUAUGAUUCUAACAACUUGGGAGGCUGAGGCAGAAAGAUUGCAAAUUCAAAGCCAGUCUUAGCCACUUAGAAGACCCUGUCUCAAAAAGAACUGGAUAUGUAGCUCGGUGAUAAAGCACCUCUGGGUUCAUUACCAGUACCAAAAAAUAAAUAAAUAAAUAAAAAUCCCCUUAACUCAGAGCCAAACAAGAUACCAAACUUCGGUCUUUCUUAUCCUCUUUUUCUUUUUCUCACUGGUAUCACCUCUAUUUUUUAUAAGUUACAUGUUCUGUGAUCUUUGACUAUAUGCUUCAAAGCCAUGCUGCUGCCUACAUUGUCAUUACAUUUAGUCAUGGAAGUAUAAAGAGAUUCCUGGAGCAUCACCUGGGUACUAUUCAUGUGAUUGAUUGCCUGAUGUGUGAAAGUACCCAACCUCCUUCUGACCAGGGUCAAGUGAAUAUAUUGUAUGUGUAUAAUGAUUAGAAUCAAGAUUUCUCUGGUUAUCCUGGUCAUAAUUUAUAAUGUCAGGAUUUCUGGAUCGCUCGCAUUUCUAAGGAAUACUCUACUUGGGACUUUUAAUAUCAUUAAACAUUCCUCUAAUUAUUGACACAUUUAUGCUCUUAUGAAUCACCAGAGGAUUAAAGGAAAAGUUCAGUUACUUCCAGAUAAAAGUGUAAGACUUUAGUCACAUCCUCUUUGUCUUUCCAUUUCCUUAUCAAUUAAAGUUGGCAAAUACCUAUCAUAGUCAUUUUGAUAACUAGCAUGUGAAGUGCUAAGAACAGUGCUUGGCAGAUGGGGAGGCACUCAGAGGUUAGCAUUUAUUUCAUAGUUUCUCCCAAUUAUAAAUUCAGUAGUCAAAGAAUACAUCUUGAGCAGGGGAGGGCAGUCAUAUCCCAUCUGGAUGUGCAUUUCUGGAAGGGAAAGGUUCAGGGCACUGUAUUGGACACGUACAACAGCAAACAAUUAACAGCCAUUUUGUACAAAAAAUAGUAAAUUCUAGCAUUAGAAGGUCAAGAUAAGUGAAAUAGAGUCCAAACAUAAUUAAGCACAUAUGUAUAAUGCCAAAAAAGUAUAAAGAAAGUUGAAAGAUGUAAAGGAAAAAGUUAUUGGGUAAAAUCAUACCAUAAUACAAGCAGAGGCUGAUAUCAGGAUGGUAAAUUUGAAAAGUUAAUAUAAACUUAAAAUCUUAAUGACAUUUAUGUCUUUCUUUUUUGGUACUAGGGGUUGAACCCAAGGACAUUCAACCACUGGGUCACAUCCACAGCUAUUUUUCAUUUUGAGACAGGGUCUUCCUAAGUUGCUGAGGCUGGCUUUGAACUUUCGAUCCUCCUGCUGCAGCCUUUGGAACCACUAUAUUUUUCAUACUAAUCUCCACUAUAAGAAACUUGUUCUCCAUGUAAGGUAGCUGACUUCAUAUGUUGGGAUAAGAAGAAUCAAACUGUGUCUGAAAUAUGUGGUUGCCAGAAGCAAACAAACAAAUUUGAAUAUAAUGAUAUUGAAAGAAAAAAGAAUCAGUGUAAAGAGGCUCUUACUGUCCUGUUUGUGAUAAAUUGAGUAUUAUUGGAACACAUUUCUGAGCAGCCAUUAGUUUAUAAUAAUGAGAGAAAAGGUAGUUUCAAUUAUAAAUAGUUGUCAAUGUGACAAAUAUGGGUGUUUAUCUUUUAUAGAUGUCUCUUAGUUCUUUGUUUAGCCAGGAGUGAAACAGAUCAGCCCACAUCUUUUUUUAACAAGCAGAUUUAUUUUUCUUUUAACUUUUUGUGGUGCUGGAUAGAAUCCAGGACCUCCCACAUGGCUAGGCACUUACAUGCUCAACUACUGAGCUGUAGUCCCAGCCCCCAGAUAAGCCCCUUGAUCACACACUGUUUAGGUGGAAGGACACAGUGGAGUGGAGGGUGUCUGUUACUGCCCCACAAAGAGAAAAGAUUCAUGUUCCAAAGUGUUAAGGCAAAUGCUCCAAAGAGAAACAGAAUUUCUGAAAGAUUUCAUGAUCUCUAAAUGUUCCUUCUCAAUUUUUUAAAUUACUGUUAAUUUACCAUACAAACUUUUUAAAAUUAAUCAAGUAAUAUACUAUUAUUGUAAAAUUUAAUAACUGGUACAGAUGGUCCCUCUUUAUUCCUUUUUACUAGUAAUGAAAAGUAAUGGGCUGGGGAUGUGGCUCAAACAGGGCACUGGGUUUGAUCCUCGGCACUACAAAAAAAUGUUGUGUCCACCGAAAACUAAAAAACAACUCUCUCUCUCUCUCUCUCUCUCUCUCUCUCUCUCUCUCUCUCUCUCUAAAAAAAAAAUAAUAAUAAUGAUGAAAAUUUUCUUGGCUGUUCUUACCCAUGCUUUUAUUUAUUUUUUUCUUUAUAAACUUUUAGAUCAGUUUAAAUGAGUUUUUGUUUUUGUUUUAUUUCUGAGGUACUGGGAAUUAAACCCAGAGGCAUUUUAUCAUUGAGCUACAUCCCAAACCCUUUUUCAAUUUUUGAGACAAGGUCUCUAAAUUGCUAAGGAUCUUACCAAGUUAUUAGGACUGUCUUGAACUUGCAAUUCUCCAGUCUCUCAGGUUGUUGGGAUUACAAGCAUACACCACCUUGCCUGGAUUAAAUGCUUUUCAUAUACUUUGACUUUGUUUUCAGAUUUAUAACAGGUCUUUCUUCAAAUGCAUAUAUAUUUUUAAAUUUUUUAUUAAAGUAGUACCCACAUAAGUAAACACUCCAGGGCUGGGUUGUGGCUCAGUGGUAGUGUGCUCGCCUAGCAAGCACGAGGCCCUGGGUUCAAUCCUCAGCACCACAUAAAAGCAAAUAAAGGUAUUGUGUCCAACUACAACUAAAAAAUAAAUAUUUUAGAGAAAAAAAAAAAAAAAAACUCCAAUUUUCACAAAAUGAACACAUCUGAGAACCAGCACUCAACUAAAAAAAUAUUGCCAGCAUUCUAGAAUCAUCCUUCUUAUCCCUUCUAGUCAUCACUCUUACCCCACUUGCACCUCAGCAAAGAAUACACUCCUCUGACUUCUAAUUUGUUUUUCCUCAUAUUAAGUUUUAUAUAAACAGGACCCUACAAGGUGUACUUUUGUUGUUGUUUAUAUCUGGCUUUGGUUUUGUUGUUGUUUGUUUGUUUUUUGUAAUUGUGGAUGGACAGAAUGCUUUUAUUUUGUUUAUUUUUAUGCAAUGCUAAGGAUCUAUCCCAGUGCCUCACAUUGGGCUAGGCAAGCGCUCUACCACUGAGCUACAACCCCAAUUCAUGUGGCUUUGUUUGCUUAUUUAGUUUUAUGAGAUUCAUGUUGUUGCAUAUAUUUGUAAAUAAUCAUUCUGUAUAUGAAUACAGCACAAUUUAUCCAUCCUGUUGAUACCAGUCUGGGUGUUUCCAGUCUAGAAUUAUUAUUACUGUUGCUAUGAACAUCCUUGUCCAUGUGUAUUUGGUUCAUUUAUAUUCACAUUUCUAUUAUAUACAUAGUUGGAAGUAUAAUUACCAGGAUAGGGAAUAUUCAUAUGUUCAGCUUUAGCAAAUACAGCCCAACCUUCUCCCAAAAUCAUUGGGCCAAUUUACACUCCCACCACCAAUGUGAGUUUAAUUAUUUAGAUUAGUCUUGCCAGCAUAUGGUUUGGUUCUCCACCACCCAUUUUAACCACUUUUAUGAGUGAAUACUGCUUUCACAUUGUUGCAGUUACAUUUCCCAGUUGGCUGUGAAACUAAGACCCUUUUGAUGUAUGUUUGACCUCUUUUCAGAUCUAGGUCAUCAAGACCAACUUUCUGAGAAGUAAACUUCUAAAUUUACUGCAUUUUUUAUGCUAUUGUAAAUAAAAUCACUUUAAUUUCC